GUCGUGUCUUGCGCUGGAAAAUUACUAUUAUGGACAGAACAACCAUAUUAUCACUUGACUAUGAUUGCUUGGUCUUGAUAUUUGAAAGUAUUAAAACUAACUGCGAGACUGACAAAAACUCAAAAAAAAAAGAAAACGUUGUUAAGUAUCGGGAUCUUAUCAAUUUCGUAAUCAGCUGUGUUGAGUUCCAAAUAGCUUUUCAAAAUUGGAACAACAAACUUUUUCACGAUCUUCGAAUCGAAUAUUUUCAUUUAAGAGACACCAGUUCUGUAUCAGUCAAUUUUUCGAAGACAUAUGACUUAUUGCAAAACUUUUCAAAAAAGGACAAGGAUCACUUUUGGAAUUACUACACAACCGCGAUUAAGGAAAACGUAAACAUGGAUUCACUCGUAUUGACUUAUAAACCGACACAAUACCAUCGCGAACAUUUGGAUAGGUUCCAGGCAAUCAUGCAUUCCCUUAAAAAUAAGACUUUGCACGAUCUCGUUGUUGAUUUUAAAGGCUCUGGUUAUAGCUUCGAAAAUGUUGGUACAUUCGGUCACUUGAGAAGUCUCAACGUUAAUGCGCGCAUGUGUGCCUAUGAUUUGGUACAGUUGUGUCGAUCAAAUCCGAAUUUAUAUAAUCUCACUUUCUACAGUACCGAAUUAAAUGGAAGGUUUUCGGAUAUCGUGUCAUACUGCAGUCAGCUAAAACGCCUGGAGUUAUUGAUGAAACCUGACGUCGAUGCUACAGAGUAUGCCACGUUGGCAAAUUUACCCCAACUUGAAGAAUUGUACCUUGGUGGGAUUCAUGAAGAGGGUACGCUGACUGAGUUGUUUAAUGGCCUCAAACUAAAGGGCUUAAAAAAACUACAUAUAAGGAACAGUAUGCUCAGUAAACAAGAAACUCAGGCUCUAGCACAGAUACGGUCGAUAAUCUCCAUUGAGAGCGCAUUUAGUGAUGACCCGAUUAUUGGGAAUUUAGCUCAUCUUCGAAAUCUCAAAUCCAUUAAAGUUUUUGCUAGACGUGAGCAAUACAACUUACUGAUUCAAUUUAAAAAUUUGAUAAAGAAAGUAGAAGUUAGCUUUAAUACUAAAUGCAUGGGAUUGGGUAUAAAAUUGAGUCCUAUAUCUGGGAAUCUUUUUCUGACUCUUAGCACACUUUAUAACGUUUGCGAUAAUGACGAAGCUCCUAGAGAAAUCCUCAAUUUUUUAAAACCUCAUUCUUCUAACAUAUUUAAAAACGUUUGCGAUAAUGACGAAGUUUCUAGUGACAUCCUCAAUUUUAUAACACCUCUUUCUCAACGAAUAGAAGUCAAUCAAUUGCAUAUAGCGGGUUUUAGUGGCUUUCUGCAAGCUCUGCUUCAGAGUUUAGCGAACCAGAAACUAAGAAACGUACACAUGUUAGAUAUAAUAAGCAUGGAAGAAGCUUAUUCACUCGUUUCCAUUCCGUCUUUAAAUAAUAUAUAUUGUGUGCAAAAUUUGGAGGAGAUAAUUGCAAUGAAAUGUAAACAACUAGAUGGAAUUAAGAACACAGAAACCCGAGUGUAUCUAUUUAGAAAUCCAGACUGGACGGCCCGUAUAAACCAUGGCAAUUUUUUAACAACUAUUGUGGAGCCGGCCGCAGCGUUCGAUUUUUUUUGUUUUUUCUGGCCUAUAGACAACUAUUAAAACUUUAAACAAUCUUGUUAUUAAGGGUUAUGUAUUAAUCAGAAAUAAAACAAAAGAGCAAGUAGGAAGAGAGACACGGAGCGGUUGUCGCUUCUAUUAAAGUAUAUCGAGAACGCGAGAGAAUCGAUAAAGUAGAACUCAAGAAGAGUUAGUCGGUGUCAAGAUUUCAAGCGUCACGCAUGCACAGAAGUUUAAGUUUUGUUUGUUAAGUCAUUAAAGUUAAAACCACAAUAUUUGUAAUCGGAUACCAAAUAAUAAUAAUCAAUAAACAUUAUAAUAAUACAUCA